CAAAUCUUUAUUUUAGUAAUAAUACGACAGUUCCGCAACAAUUUGAUUGAUAAAUUUUACAUUUUGUAAUAAAAAAGGAAAUAAUGGAAAAUAAAAACGAUGGUACAAAUACUGUUGAAACAGCUUCGUAUGUUACUCCAGAAAAGAAGGUUAAAUCAAUGGCCGAUAUGAAUAAAUGGCAAAAAUCUGAAGCUUAUUAUGAUCUUAUUGGUUUUAUCAAUGGUAUAAGUGUUGUUAUACAAGGAAAAAGAAAUUCAUACGAUUGUUACGUUUCUGAAACAAUGAAUAAGCUUUUAGAAAUUUUCGAUAAAUUAAACAAACUUGUUGAUGAUACACCACCGAUUGAUCAACCUCAAAGGUUUGGGAAUCAAGCGUUUCGCAUUUGGUUUGAAAAACUCAGUUCUAUGACGCCAAAUCUUCUAGUGGAUGCGAUUCCCGAAAAAUAUCAUUCAGCUAUUACGGAAUUUUCUGUGUAUUUUGUAGAUUCCUUUGGAAAUCAAACACGAAUUGAUUAUGGAACUGGUCACGAAUUAAAUUUUAUUAUGCUUUUAUGCAGUUUUUUUAAAGUUGGAGUCUUACAAGAAAAGGACAAUAUAGCUGUAGCUUUAAAACUUUUUAAUUCUUAUCUGACAUUUGUAAGACGAUUGCAAAAAACAUAUAGAAUGGAACCUGCUGGAAGUCAAGGUGUAUGGAGUUUAGAUGAUUAUCAAUUUGUACCAUUCAUUUGGGGAAGCGCUCAAUUAUCAAUUAAUAGUCCAUUUGACCCAUCUAAAUUUCUGGAUGCAGAUGUGAUUAAUAACUACAAAAAUGAAUACAUAUAUAUUGGAUGCAUAGAUUAUAUUUGUCAGGUUAAAACUGGUCAUUUUGCUGAACAUUCUAAUCAGUUAUGGAGUAUUAGUGCUGUACCAUCUUGGUCAAAAAUUAGUUCUGGACUCGUAAAAAUGUAUCAAAAAGAGAUCCUUGCUAAAUUUCCGGUAAUACAACAUGUAUUUUUUGGUACUAUUAUGUCAUUUAACACUGUCAAACCUGGCACAACCUUAUAUAUAGCCAGAUUAGGUGUUCCCGAAUCAAAUAGCUCAAAAUUACCAACUAUGUUAUCAAGUGCAGUUUCAGAAUCGAGUACGAAAUAAUUUUAAUGAUUUUAAUUUCAGUUGAACAUUUUUUAAUUAGUUUUUGUAUUAUUUAAUUUAUUUGGAUGUAACUAAAAUUGCAAAAAAAAUAAAAACAUCAUAACUUA